GGGUGUAAACAAGGAAGUGCUGCAAAGAGAAACACGACAGGAGAGGACGACACGUCGGCUGUGCUCGUUUUAUGGUAUUCUGGGUAAAAUUGACUUUAAUUAAAUACUUUCCUCUGCAUUUCAGCCUGCAUUAUUAUUCCGUUUGUUAGUUUAGUGACCCCCCCCCCCUCCUGGUUGUAUAAAUGGAGGAAGAAAGAGGUCUGGUUGUGGCCACAGAGAGAUAUGGCAGUGCAGAGUCCUGGAAGUAUUUAGGCAAGGAUGGAGUGAUGGAGAGGAGAAGAGAUGGGAGUGAAGGUGAAUCGAGAGGAAACUCUAUUGUUGGAGUUUUUAAAAGUGUCUUUCUGCCUCAAGGCUACCCAGAGAGCGUCAGUAAGGACUACCUGCAGUACCAGUUUUGGGACACCUUGCAGGCUUUCUCCAGCUCUCUGUCAGGGACUUUAGCCACUCAGGCCUCUCUCAAAGGAGUCGGUGUCGGAAACCAAGAGGCGACAGUAGCAGCGGCCACAAUCACCUGGCUGCUAAGAGAUGGAACUGGCAUGCUGGGAAGAAUCCUGUUCGCUUGGCAGAAAGGGACUAAACUGGACUCUGAGGCCAAGAAAUGGAGACUUUUUGCUGAUGUUCUCAACGACACUGCCAUGUUCAUGGAAAUAUUAGCUCCAUACUUUCCUGCUUUCUUCACCCUGAUUGUGUGUACUGCGGGGAUAUUCAAGUCCAUUGUUGGAGUGGCAGGCGGCGCGACCAGAGCUGCUCUGACUGUUCAUCAGGCUCGCAGAGACAACAUGGCCGACAUCUCUGCCAAAGACGGGAGUCAGGAAACUUUAGUGAAUCUGGCGGGACUGCUGAUCAGUCUGGUACUCAUUCCCCUCGUCACUGAUAAUCCAGUACUGACUCUCAGCCUCUUCUUCCUCUUCACCAUCCUCCACCUCUUUGCCAACUACAAGGCUGUGCGUUCGGUUGUCAUGGAAACCUUCAACGAGGCGCGGCUUUCGAUCGUGCUGCAGCAGUACCUGGGAGACAGACGGAUCCUGAGUCCGCUAGAGGCCAAUCAGAGAGAACCGGUUUUCUUCGAGUUUAGAAAAACGGUGCCAAUCAGACUUGGAGUGAGGCUACAGGAGGUUGUACAAAGCCCAGAGGAACUUAAUUUGGCUUUGAAGAACAACAACAUGCCUUUCCUAUUAGGAGUACGAAAUGGCUGCGUAUGUGUUUGUUUGGGACCAGAAGCAUCAGUACAUGAUGAAAUCAGAGCAAUGUGCCAAGCUGUGUGGCUCAGCAGCAUGUUGACUCCAACUUCCAGUGAGCCUUUACCUCCAUUCAUUUCUUUACUUUACAUUAAUAGAGGUGCUUUGUCUGUUCUACGUGGUACACACUUUUAUUUUUAUUUUUUUAAAGGUCACUGGGAAAUGGUACAUGAGAGUCACAAAGUGAUGGACACAAUUUUCAAUCCAUUUCUCAAAGGCGUGGAAGCUGCAGGAUGGGACAUGAAACGAACUCUACUGGACUGGGAUGAGUGGAGGGUCGAGUGGAAAACAAAAAGCAGCUGAGCUGUCAUCUGCUGCCAUUUUGCAUCCUUUAUAUUUUUCAUAUUAAUUAAACGGUGACAUUUUUAAGUAUCCCUUGUUUGAUUCAUUCUGUGGUCAAAUCUCAGUGGGUUUGAUACAAGAUAAAAAUAAAAAAAAAAUCAAUAUUUGUACGGGAAUGUUUUUAUUUUUACAUGUAUAUUAAAUUUAGAGGCUCAGUGAGAAAAUAUUAAUUGAACUUUUUUUUGUUUUUGCAUUAAUAUGUAAAUAAAGAAUAUCUGACUCUU